GACGGGUCUGUCCAUUGGACGGCUGGACGGACACAGACUGUGACAUUAUUGAAUCAGCGCUCUACUAAUCGGACUUUAAUUCACAUUUAAUUCAACCAUGAAGCUCAUAGUGUACACAGAGUCAGCUUUGUGGCUUUGUGUGAACAGCAGAAGUUCAAACUUGUUAUAAUUAACCUAAAAUGGAAACUAAAGUGAGGCGGACAGCAGAGAAGUCAGUUGACACACCGGCUGAUAAUCACGGAGGAAUGGACGAUGUGAACACUGGCCCGACCCGGGACUGAGCCUCCUGCCCGGGGCUCCUCCGGCUACAUGUCCCCCUCCUCUCCGUGCCAGAUGCCUCCGCGGGGCGAGGGGUGCUUCAAGCCGGCCCCGGUGUCCCCUGCUCCGCCUGUCCCACCGAGGAGGGUCCGGGGCUCCGGGAGGACGCGGCGGGUGAAGUGUGUGCUGGUGGGGGAUGGAGCUGUGGGGAAGACCAGCCUGGUGGUCAGCUACACCACCAAUGGGUAUCCCACCGAGUACGUGCCCACCGCGUUUGACAACUUCUCAGCCGUGGUAUCAGUGGACGGGCAUCCAGUCAAACUACAACUCUGUGACACAGCCGGGCAGGAUGAGUUUGAUAAGCUGCGUCCUCUGUGCUACACCAGUGCAGAUGUGUUCCUGCUGUGCUUCAGCGUUGUCAGUCCCGCCUCCUUCCAGAACAUUCCGGAGAAAUGGAUCUCGGAGAUCCGGAGACAUGCACCCUUUGUACCCAUCGUCCUCGUUGGGACGCAGUGUGACCUCCGAGAAGAUGUCAAGGUUCUCAUUGACCUGGCUAAGUACAGGGAGCGACCUGUGGACCCAGCAGACGCCCAGGAAUGUGCCAUGGAUAUCGGAGCUGUGGCCUACAUGGAGUGCUCGUCCCUGACCCAGAAGAACUUAAAAGAAGUGUUUGACACAGCCAUACUGGCCAGCCUGCAGAGCUGCAGCUCCAACAAAAAGCAUCCCAGAGGGAAGCAGAAACGACGGAAAAAGCAAAGGCAGACACCGGACAAGAUGAAGAGUCUGUCCAAGUCCUGGUGGAAAAGGUACUGCUGUGUGGCCUAGACCGACGUGUGAAGAUUCUCUGUUACUGACUUAUUCUGGUCUGGAUUCAACUUGAGUCGCUCUCUGUUUGGGUUUCUCUCUUUUCGAGCCUGACGUGGAGAAGGACCUCGACUUGACUGUGACUGGGAACCAAAGUAAGACUGACAAGGAUCGUAAAUGUUUUACUUUUUCUUUUUAUUCCAAGAGGGAAUCUUGUCGAUGAGAUUAAGUACUGAGUUCUAACAACAUUUGCUAUCAAAUAUAAGCAGUACCGCAGUGUCCUUUUUCCAACUCUUCCGGAAUUGAAUCGCCAUCAACUGGGACUAACAGGAUAUCGCUCUAUGUCAUGGUGGAUGUGAUAAUGUUCCUUAACAUUUGGCCAGUCCAGAAAGUCUUGUCUAUGUUUAACACUUACAAUGUAAGCGUGUUUAGUCUGGUGUUCUUGUUCCCAACCUAGUAUGCUUUUUGGUCGCUUGGUGAGCUUGACUUACUGAGCUUGACUUACUGAAACUGCUUCCGAACUUCCUUUUUUUAUCUUGUCUCCAACACUCAUGAUUAGAAAGAACUGCCUCCUGAUAAAGUGCGUCUCUCAGACAAAACAUUGUUGUUUAUUAAGGCUGACCUUUCCUAUUCCAUUAGUAAUUUUUAUGGUGUUUUUCAUGCUAAAAUACCUCUUUGCAAGAAACAGAUCGAUAGGUUCUUUUCUGGUGUGGCCUAAAAACCUAAUCUGAAACCAGAAACAUAGUUCAUCUUUUAUUUUGGUCUCGAUUUGAACUAUUUGUGGGAUAAGUCUGGCUUGGUUUUGAGUUUGUUUCUCACUAUUUGGGCAAUAAAACAACCAGAACACUCAUUCUUUUUGCUGAAGCCUAGCUUUAGGCUCAUAUCGUAUCUUAAUUGAAAAAUAAUUAUAUAUUUUCUCCUUCAGGAGAAAAAAUAUCAGAACAUCCAUGUGAUAAAACCCUAGCAUUGUUCUGUUACUGCAAGUUGUAUGUUUAUCUCGAAGGCACAACAUUGCAUGUUUGUCAGGUUUCAAAUAUUGGAGGUCUUCCUCUACACAGACCUAUCCUUCAAUAUUACUGAACAGCUCUGAAAGACUUAGAAAAUACUAUAUUGGCUUCAGAUAUGUGUACUGCUUGUGGGGUGUUUGAUUUAUCUUUGCACACACUUACACAGCUUUACUGUAAGUGUGAGCACUCAUCAGAAUUAGAUCAACUCGGCGCCCUUUGCAUGUGUUUACCAAAUGGGUUCAGAUGUUUGUUCAUGUAGGUUUGCAGAAAAGAUGAAUUUUGUAUCUUUGCUUUUCAAUGCAGUUGUGUAUCUAAAAGACUGUGAAGUUUUAAUUAUGUACAUAUUCACUGAAAUAUUUUCUUUAAACUUAAUUUGCAUUAGUCAGGUUUGUUGAUCUGUGUUUGUUCCCUUUACCCAAAGUAUGCUUUAUUAUUAACCAUUGGUCAUUUUGGUAACUCUGCAUCUCAUUAUGCCUGGUUAGUUUUGCAGCAUCUCCUCUCUCCAAAGAUAAGGACACACAUUGUAAAGCAGAAAAAAAAGGCAUAAUAUGUUGAUGUCAACGUUCAGCUGCCACACCUUCCUUUGUACAUUGUAGUUACUAAAGCAGAACAAAACCCAAUUAUUUACAACUACUUCUCUACAGUGCCUUCAUCUGAAUGGCUCUUUGUAUCACUGCAGCAGAAAGAAAAAGGGUGCAACCAGGUCGCAGUCUGUAAUGACCUCAAAGAAAACCGGACAGUUUUUUGUGAGCAACAUCAUCAUUCAUAUAGAUCAGACAUAAAAACAAAACAACACAUUUAUACUCUAGCAUUCUUAGCAUUAGGACAAUCUAAAUCAUGGCCUUAACCACCGUCUAAAUCCAACUUAAACCUUUCUCUCCAACCCAAAGAUUAUGAAUUGGGUAAGGAGUGCAGAGUUAACAUCUGCAUAGUUAAUAUGUGUUCAUCUCAACAAUAUUCAUUAUGACCCUAAAAAGCUCGCCAAAACUCUGCUCUGGAGCAGUUUAAGUCAAGUGUAUGAUGAAAAGCCUAUUAAAUUACGUGAACAUUAAGAAAUGUAUUCAUCAAUGUAAGAGAAGCAGAAUAGCAUUAGCUUUUUCUAGAAUGUAGUGUGAAAUGGAGUGAUCUGUGAAGUGCUUUUAAAUGUAAUUGCACUGUGAAGAAAUGUCUUAAAACUUACAAAUGAAAUGUUCACAGAUUGGCAGUCAUGCCAUGUUUCAAGUGUUACAAGACAGCUAGAACAUGUACAAUCAUAGCAGACAAUAUGCAUGACUCUAUUCUAUCUAGAUUUUUACUGGUAACACUGACUAUAACUUCAAGUGUGUCUCCCAACAGACUCUUCUGCAGAGGAACUCAGUGUGUGACCCUAACUGACCUUACGGUUGCUCUACUAAUUGGCUACAACCUGUAAACCAAUGCAUAGAGAGAGUUGAGAACUUAUUCUAAAAUGUAUUUGAACUCAUAAUGUUGAUGAGAGGCCUGAGUGCAAAACGUUGAAGAAGUGUGUUUCCUGAAGCUGUUUGGUAACUUUCUGCUGAAGAUUUUACAACUGUGGAUGAAUGGGUUCACUGUGUCCCGAUGUUUUACUCAUGAUAGCAAAUGCAUUGUUUCUUGCUUGGGAAAAACGUCAUAAUAAGUUGCUUGUCUUGCUGUUUGGGUGCAGGCUUGGUUGAUGGUGGAUUUAAGUGGGGUAAAGGUCAGACAGACCCUUAUGAUAGCUGGCAUUUCCUCUAGCAGGUCUCAUCCGUUUUACCUUCUCAUACAGUAUGUAUAAUCUAUGGAGAGUACAGAACGUUUCAUAUCACAAGGUGUUUGUUUGCAUGCAUGUGGUUCAAGCCUGCCUUUUAUUUUGAGACAAAUAUUUGUUAGAUUAUUCCUGCUUGAAUCCAUUAAAACUGAAAAAUGAUGAAAACAAAAUAUACUAUAACCCUUUAAAGUGCGUUCAUGCUGUCAACUCUGGCUACAAAUGAUAAUGUUAUGUACCAAAAUGUGAAUAGUAACAUGAGUUGAGAAGAGUCAUAAUUUCCCUCACUGAUAGAUUGGUUGAACCACACAAAGUCACGCUAGUAGCAAAACAAAGUAUGCUGAUAAGAAGGUCUGCAUUUCAAUGUUCAAAUCAAACAUUUUAUUUUUGAAGUCUUUGCUUGCAUGUUUUAUUCAUUUGAAUGUUUUACCUGCUUUCAGGAGCCAGAAUAGGCUAAAAGCAAAGUAUACCCUGUAUGACAGGUGAAUGGCUUUGUAAUGUUGAACAGAUAAGUCUCUGAAAGUGAACUAAGGUGUUAAAAGAGAGUCAGAAAAGAGACAGGAAGGUGACUGGAUAGGAAGUUAUGUGUUGGUUCUGGGGUUUGGUUGAAGGAUAGACAGAAAUGUGAAUGCUCUGUGUUUGGGACGGAUGCAAAGUCUGUAAAAUAUAGGUAUGACUGCAAUGAUUUCCGUUUUUUGUGAUACAAAAGGGUGUAGAAAUCUACCAAUAAAAUACAAAUACAAUUGUUGCUUUACGUGACUGACCUGGGAUUACCGUAACUGCAUUCGUUUUUCUCAACACUGCCUUCCCACACAAGUCUAAUUGUACAACAAUAUCCCAUAAAGUCCAGUGAGGUAAAACAAAAAGCAGACCGCCUGGGGAAACAGACAGAAAGGUUCAUUCUUGAGAUUUCAGGGUUUUAUUGAGGUUACCCCCUGAAGCACACCUGAGCUCACUCACAUGAGACACCAGGAGCUUCCCUCAGCCUGUGUGAAACAUCCUUUCUCCAGCAUGUAAAAACAUUGUAACAGAGACAUUUAAAAACAGAAAGCAUGCUGACACUGAAUUCUCUGUGUCACCAAGGACGUCAGUCAGAGAAAGACAUGUUUGUACAGAAGUUUUAUACCCUGAGAAAUAAAGAAUAUUUGAUACAU